GGCUCAUUCAAGAAGACGGUGAAGUCUGCGAGGAUAGGGACACGACAGUGUUGAAGAAGCGCGCAAGAUGAUUACAUCCGUCGUCGCGAAUCAGCAACUAUGGCCGAUCUCAAAGACGACCUGACCGAGAAAGCUCACUUUGACCCUAAUUGGAUCGCCUGGAAUGGAGGCACUCUACACUCGAACAAUGUGCUCUUUUAUUUCGCGACGUCGCCUUUCUUUGAUCACGUCUCGGGCAAUCAGUCGCUCUUCACACAGUGGGCGGGCACGCCAAACCAGAACGACAUCUUAGGCACGAGGGCCAAGUUUGAGGCCAAUCUGCGCCAUCAGCGCGGUAUACAGUACGUCGUCGAGCACGAUCCCCUGGAGGAGCAAGUCGUCUUUGACGGACCGAACGGACCUGAGAAGUCCAACGUCUGGGUGAUUCGCAAACAGAACCGUGAAAGCGGGCGAGACGACGGCAUUACGGUUUUGGGCUACUACUAUAUUGUCAACAACGUCAUCUAUCAAGCCCCCUCGGUUGCCAGCGUUCUGAAUUAUCGUCUACUGAACACGGUUUCCGCACUCAACAAAGUCUUUACGGCGCCAGCGGAUCUAUGCCUCUUUUCAGUCUCCCAUGGCUACACUUACCAUAAGCCUAUCCAGCCGUCAGGAACACAAAGCACCCUGGGUGCCUCACAGCAGCCUAAUGAGCCACCACCGCCAACACCAGGCCCUCAACCUUCUACUACUGAGAAGGCUGCGUCUACUUCCCAAUCCCAGGAUGAAUCAGAUGACGGGGCUCGGACGGCUUGGGACGCACUUCGGAUGACAAUGCAGUACGGAAAGGAAUAUGUGGAUGACAUGCCGUUGGUGGGCGAGCCAGGGAACUUCCGGUUUUCUAAGAGCAAGGAUGCGAGUACGACGACUGGCCAGGCUAAAGCUCAAGGGCAGACGUCGCCUACUGGUACUCCGGGUCAAUCCCGAGCAGCUUCAGUUGUGCCUCCGACAUCGAGCAUCCCGUCUGCAACCACCAAGGGCCCUAAGCUGGUAGAGAAAACCGCGACACUAUCUGAUGGAGCAGCAAAGGUCAAACGGAGGAAGAGUAAACCGGGUGAACCCAGUCCAUGACGCUCCAGGGGGUGUGGCGAUCACAUGCGGCUACACUUGAAUCGGAUGUCGGCAGCGCUUACAUCUCCAGUACAUGGCUUGUACCAACUGGCUCUCUUGGGUAGUGAUAUAGCUGCAUAUGAUCCAGGCUUGUUGAUUCCCUAAAUAUCCAUUCAAGUUUAUCAUUAGUACCAGCAAAGGACGAGGCGGCUCUGAGGCCGACUAUCAAACACUGCGCCCAAGGGUGUGGUCACGUGAAC